CUCGCCUCGUGUUUUGCUUCUUCCUUGGAUGAUCGCCGCUGGAUCCCUCGGGAGUGGCUUCUGGGUCCUGCUCAGGGCAGGUCAGGUGGGGCUGCUCUCCCUCCGGCCUCCAGGCCGCCCCUCAAGCCAGCAGAUCUUCCCCCCGCCAGGAGGAAGGGAGCUGCGGAUCCCGCUCUUCGGCUGGCAGGGUUUUCCACGGGGAGAUCCGGCUCUGGUGUUGCCUGCAGGGAGCAGAUCCCUCCCUUCCCUCCGGGGGGGGCGGGCAAAGGGGGCUCCGUCCCCGGACUGGAUCUGCCCCCUCCUCGCCCGGCCAAGCCUCCCCGGUGGAUACCGGGUGGAUCAGGGAAGGAACUUUGGGGAAGUUGCUUUCAGAAGGUCUCUCUGUAAUCCGUCGGAGCACGAGGUCUCUGAGCAUGCAUAUCUCGGAAGGGCAGUUGGAGAAAUGGAGAGACCAGUGAGUGAGGAGGGACCCUGAAGUCCAGAGAGGAGAAGGGGUGUUCUUGGCCGGGACGUCGUUCUAGAGAAUUUGGAAAUUGUGGCCUGGAUAGAGAAGCAGCUUCCUGCAUAAAAGGCCAAUUUGUCAGGCUAGAUCAAACCAGUCAGGAGUGAGGAUCAUCCCUGGCCUAGAUUCAGAGGGGUAACAAGUGCCGCAGAGAAAUUUUAAGUGAAACUUUAUAGCAGAUAAAAGGUUGUGACCAAAGAUUUACCUGCAAGUCACCUAUCCACAGAUGGUGGAAAAUCAGAGUGAGGCAGCAAUUGCCAAAAAGGAUGGAGUGUGGGAAACUCCUGGAUCCCCCGUCAGACACAAACAGCCCUUCACAAAACAGUCAAAGAACCCCUGAAUACUCAGAAUGCGGGAAAUCCUUUCCUCUCUGGUGCCUGGUUUUGAUCCCCCAGAAGGUCCAUGUGGGAAGCGGAUCCAGUCAAAGUUUGGAGAGUGUGAAAUCCUUCUCUGGGAAAGAAAUCAGAGGUCUCGGAAGCCCCCCAGGACCAAAACCUUAUAAAUGUGAGGAAUGUGACUUACCCUUUGGUCGAAUGUCACAUCUUCUUACACAUCAAAAAAUCCACUCUGGAGAGAAGCCUUAUGAAUGUCUGGAAUGUGGGAAAUUUUUCCGUGAAAAAACCACUCUCAGAAACCACGAGAGAAUUCACACAGGGGAGAAACCUUACAAGUGUUGGGAAUGUGGGAAGAGUUUUUCUCAGAACUCAAAUCUUUGGGUCCAUGAGAAGAUUCAUGCGGGAAGAAAAUCUUACAAAUGUUUUGAUUGUGGAAAGUGUUUCACCCUGAAUGUAUCUCUUCAGAAUCAUUUGAAAACACACCGAGGGGAGAAAAAUGAAAAGUGCCUCGAAUGUGGGAAAUGUUUUACCUGGAAGUCAAGCCUGGUGCAACAUCAGAGAAUUCACACGGGAGAGAAACCCUAUGAAUGCCCAGAAUGUGAGAAACGAUUUAUGGAUUUUUCUGAGCUUCGGAGACACCAGAAUAGGCACAAAGGAGAAAAACCCUACGAAUGUGGGGUAUGUGAGAAAAGUUUUGUUACACGAGGAGAGAUUAAGAACCAUGAGAAAAUCCACACAGGGGAGAAGCCAUUCAAAUGUGGGGAGUGUGGGAAAUGUUUUUCCCUAAAACACCACCUUGGAAACCAUCAGAGGCUCCACACAGGAGAGAAGCCAUUCAGAUGCGAAGAAUGUGGAAAAUAUUUUAGACACAGGGGAAGCCUUUCGAUACAUCAUAAAACCCACGCAGGGGAGAAGCCACAUCAAUGCAACGAAUGUGGAAGAUUUUAUAGUACCACAUCAGCCCUUGGAACCCAUGUGAAAAUUCACACAGGAGAAAAAAACUUCAAAUGUUUAGAAUGUGGCAAAGCAUUUAUUCAGUCGUUUUCCCUUAUACGUCAUAGCCGAAUCCAUACAGGAGAGAAGCCCUAUAAAUGCUUAGAGUGUAAUCAAUGUUUUUCUCAGAAAGGUACUCUUUUAAAGCAUCAGCGAAUCCACAUCAGAGGAUAAUCACACAAAUGUCGAGUGUGUGAAAUGUUUUGCCCAGCCUUCAGCACUUCGCAUGCACAGCUAAAAUCACACAGGACAAGUGUGUGGAGAGUGAGAAAACAUCUCAUUGAAAAUCCCAGCUAAAAAUGCAUCGGAAAGUCCAUAGCAGAGAUAAAUCUCUUCAAUUGUGAAGAAUGUGGGAAACAUUUUUUUUCAAGAGUCAUACCUUCCAGUUCACCAGAAACUUAACAGUGACAGGAUGGAAAUGCUACAAAUAUUUUCAGCGGGAACACGUUUUUCCUGCCGAAGCAACCUCAAAAUAUCAUCAGAGUACACAAUGAGGCAAAAGGGUGUAAAUGUUGGGAGUGUGAAUUUGUUUUGGUCACAAAGCAGCAUUAGGACCUUCCCAGAGUGAUUGUACAAAAGUUAUAUGUGUGUGGGGAGUAUAUAUAAUGUUUUGUAGAGUACAGGAAGUCUGACUUAUGACCACAAGUGGAAAUGCAAUUUGUUUUGUUUGUUGUUGUUUUUUUUGGCAUUUAUAUCCCGCCCUUCUCCGAAGACUCAGGGCGGCUUACACUAUGUCAAGCAAUAGUCUUCAUCCAUUUGUAUACUAUAUACAAAGUCAACUUAUUGCCCCCCAACAAUCUGGGUCCUCAUUUUACCUACCUUAUAAAGGAUGGAAGGCUGAGUCAACCUUGGGCCUGGUGGGACUUGAACCUGCAAUAUUGCAAGCAGUUGCUGUUAAUAAUAGGCUGCAUUAGCCUGUUGCGCCACCAGAGGCCCUAUUCCAAUUGUAAGUUCUUCAGUUGUAAGACAAGGCACCCAGAUAUUUUUGUUAUAUUUUGUACUGGCCCUUUGAUGAUCAAUAAGGAGAACUGAAGAUUUAGAGAGGAAAAAAUGGGUUGAAGGAAGAUGCAGCUGGCUGUUUAUUUCGUAAUAAAGUGUUGGUGUUGAAUGUGCUUGUUGAGGAUGAAGCAGGAAAGUUUCUUUUUCCUAUUAUCUUUUUUGGAAAGAUUUUCCCCCUUUUUUUCCUUGUCUUUUUCAUAUAUUCACACACAGAUAUUUGUAUUAAGUUUUUUUCUAUGCAUA